GACUCUUUCUACGCAGGCUGGAGGUCGGGAGUUGAAUGAUUUACAAGAGGAGCCCUUGGCACUACAGAGGGAUCUGAGAGAGGCACGUGCCUGCUGCACACAGCCCAGCGAUGAGUGAGACCCCAGCCGCCAACCUCAACACUGGAGAUGCUCCAACCGGCCCCACAACACCGCGCAAGGGUCCUCCCAAGUUCAAGCAGAGACAGACAAGGCAGUUCAAGAGCAAGCCCCCCAAAAAAGGAGUAAGAGGGUUUGGAGAUGACAUCCCAGGCAUGGAGGGGUUGGGCACAGAUAUCACCGUGAUUUGCCCAUGGGAAGCUUUCAGCCAUCUGGAACUGCAUGAGCUGGCCCAGUUUGGGAUCAUCUAAGGUGUCAGCAUCUCUACUCGUGUCACCUGGUGACUCCACAGAUCCCAGCAUGGUCUUUACCACCUUUGACACUUACUUUUGGCCCUUGUGUCCACUUGCUUAUGGGCAGGGUGGUUUUGUAAGAGCUAACUAUGAGAAACUUAACUUUGCAGAUUAAUUUGGUGAAGAAGUUAUUGGGACCCUGAACAGACAUAAUGUUCCAUGUGAUGAAACUACUGAAAAAUGUCUUAAUGUCUCCCUGCACCAUAUUCUUUCUUCUCUCACUGUCAUAGAUCCUCAAUAUUUAUGGUGAUACAGAGAGGUUGUAUCUGAACUUUUUCCCUGAUUAGCUGAGAUAUUGUGUGCAUGUAUGUCCAGACCUAAUGAAAUCAGUCUAUUAUGUUUUCUUCCUUCCCUCCCUUUCUUCAGCUUUUUAUAUAGAAUUUCCAUGGGUAGAUCCCUGUGUUAUUUGGGCCACCAAUUAUUUGCUCAGAGUAUAUCUGUAGAGAACAGCAUUAGAGUCACUAGUCCCAGACAUUAGGCUGCUUUCCAUAGGAGAUCCUUCCCCAGCAGCUCUCCAUAAGGAACAUGCUGCUAAGAUUUACCUCAUCAGCAAAUAGGGAAAAAAGGGCUUGCAAAUGCUGUCUCUGCUGUACUGCCCACAGGCUAUGAACCAUGAGAGUCUGGCUGUUCUCAUAAUGUCAAAUGAAAAUGUGUGUGUCUGAGAUCAAUAGCUAAGUGAAUUAAUCCUAUUAUUCAUUCCUUUGUGGUUGCAGUUCCAAAGAAGCAGCCCCCCAAAUGAUGCUGCAUUUCCUCUCCUUUGAUGGGAAGCCCUGUGUGACACUUGUCCCCAUGCCAAUACAUAUUUACAUGAGACAUUUGCUUCCCCAGGACAUGCUUGCUGCUUAUUAAGACAGAGAAUCCUUAUGCUCUGUCACCAGACUGUGCCAGCGGUCCUGCCACAUGCAACAGAAAAUGAUAUUGCAGUAAUUGCUCCCUCUUCCCUGUAUUUAGCAUAGGACAAGUCUCCCUUAACCCUGCCCCUCAUAAGUAAGAAGGCUUUUGUCUGUUCACUCCCUGGCAAUUUCAAGCUCUGGAACUUGUUUGGACAAGCAGGCAAACGGUGUCCCCAGAGAGAAGUAACAGCAGAGCAAGGGGGGAGGCAGGGAAGGGUAGAAUGUGUACAUGCAGGCAAGCACAGAGCGAAUCCACUUAACCCCAUCGAUCUGUGUCUGCUGGUGUCUGGCAGCUGAGUGGUGAGGCACCCACAACCACUUAAAUGUUCAGGGAAGGCACCCAGAUUCCCUGUGGCCCUGGCAUUAAGGAAAGGCUUCUGGCUUGUUUGCAGGCAAGGAGCAAGUUUAUUGUAGCUACAUAAUAUUCAUAAGAGGAGGUGUAUUAUGUGAAUAUAUAAUAUUCAGAAAAGGAGUCAUCGCCUUUAGCUUAAGAAGCCUCAUUGCAUAAGAACUGCCUCCCCCUAUUUUAUCUCCUAUGCUGAACAUGUUCAUGGGAGCCGGGAGUGAUUGUGGCAAGGAGAGCAAAUCCUGUCUAAACAAUUGAUCCCCACGCAUAAAGCAUUGCUAUAAAUCCAUGGCGGUGCCAUAGUUAUCUGUUACUGUUAUUCCAGAAAUAAAAGCUAGCAAUUUUCAGUUAAAAUAUAGCUUGAGCACCAAAAGCUAAAGGAAAUUAAUUCCUGUUGGCAGUCCAGAGUACAGUUUUUAUUAUUCAGCACUCCUGCCAUUAGACACAGCAGUAAGCCGAGGAGUGGUUCAGAACUGCAGCACUCUCACAGUGCAGAAGUCGUGUACCAUUUAGUUAAUUGCAGCCCACAGCUAUUUCCUUGGGCAGAGGCAGUCUGUCCUUUCCACUUAUUCCAGCUUUUCCUGCCUUUCUCACCUUUUAAUGCUUUUCUUCUUUCCCUAAGUGUUCUUUAUAUAAAUGACAUUUUAUUUAGCUUUUAUGAUAGGGAACUGAUUUUUUUUUUUUUAAGCCCAUGUACUAGCCUUCUCCUUCUGCAGUUAAAUGUGAAUGUUUGUAUGGAAAUACUCUUAUCCUCUCCCUCCCAUUAUGCCAUCCUGUUACAUAUGAUCCUUAUUCCACCUUCUCAGUCUGUCUUCUUCUCUCUGGGAAAAGACCCAUUAGAUCCAGUCUUGAAUCCUUCAAGCUGGAUGCCUCUAUUUUAAUGGAGUUUUCCCUUUUUAAAGCUUUUUUAAGCAUGA